AUGAAUCUUCAUGAAGAAGAUCUCAAACAGAAUGGAUAUCAAGGGGACGAAAACUGCGCUGUCAACGAUGAACGUCUUCGUGAAGUACCUGGAACUCCUGAAGAAGGAGUCAAGCAACGUAAGUUGUUACUUCGUGUUGAUCUUCCUCUACGAAGUGAAAAAGUCUAAAAGAUUUUUUUUCAUUACUGGAGGGAUUGGAGAAAUAUUUGAAACACAAGAGCCUGACUGAGAGACGGAUCAGAGUUUUUCAAGCCGUGUCAAAUGAAAUUUAUUUAUCGAACUAAGCCUUCGUUUGAUGUUUUGUUUUCGAAAAGUUGGAAAAAUCGAGUUUGUGGGAGCUUUUUAACUCGAUUGCAGCUUGUGCGUUCAGACGGGGGUGAAACUUUUGAAGCCGUCUAAAAAAAUUUCCUUCUCAAAAAAACUUUCCUUUAAAAAUCAUAGUUUCAGUCAAAGCGAGUGAGAAAAAAACAAAAAACUUUUUUUGACUUGAUAAAAUUUGCUUUUUUUCUUGGGGCAGACACGCCGUUUUUUUGCUGAAGGCCUCGCUGAGACGAGGCCGGAUCGGGAUGAGAAAAUCGAAAAGAACCAAAUAAACGCUGACGGAGAAAGUAUCUGAUUUUUAGACAACGCCAACAACGAAAGUGUCGUUCCGAAGAAAACUGAAGAAACUUGGGAUGAGUUUAUCGAUAGAGUUUUUCCUGAUCUUCCGCCCGUGCGAGUGCAGUAUGUGACGUGGGAUCAGUUUCUUCCGACGUUGCACAAUAAUCCAAAAAUCAGAAAAUUCGUUCCUCCAUCCCGACAAUUCAGGGUUGCUGAGCCUAAGUACACGGUCAGUUUGUCUUUUCUUUUUUGUGCCAGUAACUUACUUUUUGAAGGUUGAUUAUUAUGUAGUUGACACCCUUCCACGCGCCUCCAACAAAGCAUACGCGAUAGUUCAAAAAGAAUAUGCGGAUGUUGCGCGGCAAAUGGUCAGUUUUCUGAGUUAUUAGGACUUAAAAAAAAAAACAUUAAGUCUUGUUUCUGUUUCACAGCUGAGGCUACCGUUUUUUUGAACCUGAACAAUUUUUCAAUAAUACUAAUAAUAGAAAUUUUAUGCAUUUUUUUAUACUUAAUUGGAUCUCUAACAGGAAGAAAUGAACGCCGAACAUGCAGAAAAAGCUCAAGCAGUUGAACAAAAACCAAUCGUAAACGCAAGAUUUGGCGCAAAGGAUCGCUGAAAACUCCUUCUCUUCUCCAAGGAGCCUUCACUUAACUUCCUAAAGCUUUAGAAAUCUAGUUUAAUCGCACCUUCGAUAAAUUUUGUCCUUUUUUAUUUAUAAUUUCUCGUUCUUAUUUUUUUAUCACAUCAUGCUUUCAUAUAUUUUUUUGCUUCUGUUAUUAAUCAUUUUUCUGUACUCCCGGUUUCCUGUUUCUCAUUUUAACUAUUUCGAUAAAAUUUUAAGAUAAUUAAACGCGUUUUUUCUUUUCCCCAUAUUGGUUUUUUUAACCAAUCUUCUUAUCUCAUUGUAUUUUUUUCUUGUAGAAAAAUUUCUUGUUUGCAACCCAAAUUUUCAGCGGUUUUCAUGGAACAAUUCCGAAACAACUUUGAAAAAAAGCGGCCCAACGUUUUCAAAUGGUUCCGGAAAGGGGUAUAUUUCAUGAAAAUGUCAUAUUCUUUUUGUUAAAAAAAGACGGCUUUUUUUCUCGAAAAUUUACCUAAAAAUGAAUUUUCACCGAUUUUAGAAGUCUCAUCAACAAAUUGGUACUUUUUGAAAGGUAUCUUUAUUUAAGCCGCCCGAAAAUGGAUUCUGAGUUUGGGAACAGUUCAUAUUGGUUUUAGGUGGACUGGUUGAAAACGGACAGCACCUGGAGUACUUGCCAGGGAUUUGCGAUUACGAUAGAAGUAUGUUUCAUAUUCAAAUAAAAUUGUCUACCAGUCAGAUAGUAGCUUCAAAAAACCUGUCAUUUCUUUUUAUUAAUUUUUUUGGUUGCAGUUGUUAGAGAUUUUCUUGGUUUCAAGAAGUUCGUAUGGAAGUUUUCUAAAAAGGCUGAGACUAACUUCUAAGUUCUACUGUGUAAUUUGGUUUGUACGCUCAUUUCAAUUUCGAAUUUUAGGGACUUUCAAUGAUCAACAGUUUUGGAGUGUAGGACAAGUCCAGGUCGAUGGAUACGAUGAGCCGAGUAAGAUGACGUUUUUCGCAAAAAGUGUCUUUUUUAAAACUUCUCAAGGGUUUUUUUACGAACUCAUCGUACAAUAGUUUUUAAGCUUUGUUACCUUUCAAAAUUCCAGUUUCAGAUGGACCGAUGGGGAAUGGACUCCACCUGCAGUACUUGGUAGAAAAUGGCGGUUAUGAUGAAAGUAAGUUUUAUUUUCAAAAUUCAUAAUAAAUAAUUCAAACACCUAGAAAUUGAGUUAACUUUAUAUUUAUUUAAAGUUCUGUGAUCUUCGUUGUAACUUUCGAUUGUAGCCGUUUAAAAACUUUUUUUGAAAGGGCAAAGGCUGUUUGCAAAACGAAUAUUUUGAUAAUUUUGUAGUCAGUUUUUUUUUUUUUUGAUGAUUCUGAUUUCAAAUUUCAGGAGCCUUCAACGAUCCGAACUACUGGGGCGUAGAACAAGUUCAGGUCGACGGAUACGAUGAGCCGGGUGAUUUGAGAUUUUUUUGCGAUAAUUAGAAUAUUUCGUGAAGAUGUUCCAUAUCUUUUCGGACAUUAGUCGACGAAAAUUGUAGUUCAUUAGAAAAAGAGGCGAAAAAAAUAGACAGAAAUGAAAAAAAUUUUAAAAGAAAAAUGAAACAGUUUCAUUUUUUUUCAUUAUUAAAAAGAAAAAAACGUUUCAGAUACGAGGAUGAACAAUGCUCUGUAUCGAAUGGCUAACGAUCUGGCGGUCCAGUUUAAUGACUACGAAGAGCCUAGUAAGUUUAUAGCGAGUUCUAAUGAUAAGUAAUUAAUUUAGAAUACAAGGAAAGAAUCAUAAUUUUUGGGGUUUUUUUAUAAUUAUUUGUCUUAUUUUUGUUUCAAAAUUCGAAAAUUUGGGCCCCUAAACAAAUCUAAUCAUGAUUUGUCAGAUGUGCUGAGGCACUAUCCAGUCUGGAGUACGGCAGAAAACUCCCCAACAUUCGCAAGUGGAGAUUCCAGUGAGCUUCAAUCUCUUGAAAAAAAUCGAUCAUUCAAUUAAUCACUAAAUUAAGUGAGCUUCCUGAGAAAUAGAAAACGUUUUUUUUUCAUCAUGAGCAUUGACUCUAAAAUAUUAUAAUUAUCUUUUUUUGAACAAUUUCCGUGAAAAAAGAGAACAAGAUGCUUGGCCUAACUUCUCUACCUUCAUUUUUUUAGUUACCAACAUGAAUCGUGAAGGAUUCGGAGAGGGUCUAGUUCAAGAAUAUCCUGAGUAUUUCGUAGAGGAUCGUCAAAGCGUCGAAGUAGAAGAAUAUUUCGUUUCUGGAGACCAUUUCGAGUCCCGUAAGUUAACUUUAAAAAGUUGCGAUUUAUUUCCGACCUCUUUUCUCACUGAAAAAAUCAAACUUCAAAUGGCAAGAUGCUAUUUUUCCGAGCUGGUGAUGAGACUAGGCGACUGUCCUGCGGUCACAUUAUUAAAAAAUUCAUUGUUUCUUGAUUUUUCACUUUUUUCUCGCUUUUUAGAUUUACCCUCAUUUUCAACCGCGGGUCGGGUCGUCCCGCGUCGUUUUUUUGGUAGCUCCAAUAUUGUCCAUAGAAAACGUGUACCUUAGUUCAUUUGCAUGCAUCUUCAGACAUCAACAUGGCCCUGAACCGAGGCGACUUCCAAGAUGGGAUGGAUCCGUUCUGGACCUACGAGAGAGCUCGACAGUACUGUAAGUUAAUGUUAAAACUACAGGAAAAAAGACAUAUGCUUUCCCAUUUCAGGCAACUAUUGCGAAGAAUGCUGGCGACAGGAAGCUUUGGCUGCUUGGGCUAGUUCUGAAAUUCCGCGUCAUAACAUACCACGUAAUUAGCAUCACUCUCUGAUAAUUUAAAAACUCCCACCUGUCUACAGACUCUUUCCCCUCAAGGACGAGUUCCGAGAAAUAUUUGAAACUUGAAUUUUCCGAUGAUAGAGAAUCCAGAUUUUUCGACCGUGUCAAAUGAUGAGGAUCAAUAGUAUUACCAAUCCAAAAAACUACUUCCUUUUAAAAAAUCUUGAAAUGAAUUAUGACCUUUUUUCACUUCACUUAUUGGGCUUUUGGCAGAGGCAUGGCUCUUGAUUUUUCCAUACUCGGAUCAUUUGAUCUAUAAAGUUUGAGGGCUUUCAAAAAAAUUUACUUUUUGAUGAUAUUUUUCUCAAAAAAACUAGAUUUUUUUGAAGAAAUAUGAAAAAUCACUCACUGAUAAUAAAUCUUAAAGGUCGCCAUGCGCAAGAGAGGGCCGAUUCGAUGAGCAAUCUUGUGGAGCAACUUGAGAACUUGCGUUUGGAGUCACCAAACUUGGACGAGCAGUCGGAAGAAGCUGCUGAGCCUGAAGAGCAGGAAGUUAGUUUCCUUUGCGUUAUCAUGCUCAAAAGAAACAAAAAAGAAUUAAAUUCCAAUGAAGUCAAACUUUAAGCGCGAUUUUGAGGGCUUUUGACCAUUUUUGAAAGUUCUCUUGAAUUGAUCAUGAGAAAUAAAAUCAAUAAAUCCGAAUCAUAGUCCCAAAUUUGAGCGUAAAUUAUUCAAUCCCCUUCCUAACUAAAUAGUUUUUUUUGCCCGUAACAAAAAUAGGUGUAAUGUUGUUAACUUAUGAACAGAUUGAUGUGAACCCCAAAGUCACUUGGAGCUAAAAAUCAAAUGAGUAAAUUUCAACUUUAUGGAGUAAUAUUAAAAAUAAACUACCCAACUAUUCUCAUAAACUGGAUUAUUAACAGGAAGAUCUCGAAUUCGAUGAAGAUCCGGAUGGCUUCUACUCACGCCUUCUCGAAGACGACGACUGA